AUGAGGAUUAGGAAUAGAAAGGUGCCUUUACCACUUUCCCUUCUUUCUCCGGUACCUCUAUCAGAUCCCCACCUUUACAGCCGGUCACCGGUCAUGCCAGUGCAAGAUGUCGCAACUUAUUUAGCCGAGCCGCCGCCGCUGCCGCCGCCGCCGUCUUCCGAUCAUUUUACAACUCCUCCGUCGUGGCCUUCUUCCGAUCUACACCAACACCGCCGUCUUGACAACACUAACGUUGGUGCUACUCGAUUUGAAGAUGUUGAAGGAGUACAAAUUUCAAGUACAGCUCCAAUACUUCACCAAGUCAGCCCUACAACAAGAGCAGCAGGUGCAUCAGAGAAUAAUAAUAAUGGUCGACUUCUAUUUCUCUCGAAUAAUAAAGAUCGAGUAGGAAGGUGGUGCGAUGGAGAUAAAGCGAUUCCACUGAAGAAGAGGAGAGGGUUCGGGUUCGGGUUCGGGUUCAAUAAUACUACCUUUGCUGAGAACUCGUCUACAAUAAUAACAACCGAUGAAGAUGACGACGACACAACGACUACAUCGACAAUAACCGAGAUGAUAAUAAUGAAGUGUAAUGACAUAAAUGAUGAUGCAGAUGAAAAACAAGACGCAGUAGUAGUAGCACCACCACCACCACCAGGCCCAGCAGCAGCAGCAGCAGCGAGUGUGAAGAAGGGAAAUGGCAAAAGGGGCAACACUAUACUAGAAGGGUCAAGGUGUAGCCGUGUGAACGGUAGAGGGUGGAGAUGUUGUCAACCGACACUUGUGGGUUAUUCCCUUUGCGAGCAUCACUUAGGGAAAGGAAGACUACGGAGCAUGAGUAGUGCUAGUGCAAAAUCACGGUCCUCUAAGAAUAAGAAGAAGAGUCACUCCACUACUACUGAGUUCGCGAUAGGCCGGGAUGAAGAGAGGAGUAAUCAUACAGUAGAUGAUGUAAGGGAGAAGAAGAAACUUGAACGAAUGAACUCGUUUGGCAAUAAAAGGGUGAAACUUGGUGUUGUCAAAGCUCGAUCUCUAAGCAGUUUGUUGGGUCAGACGAAUAAUCAUGCAAGUAUGCAGCAACAUGAAAAUAUUAGCAACUUGGAUUAUCAGUGAGAAAUCAUCACCCAUUCUUGAGGUUAGAGUUUGAUUAUGAAACUUCAUAUGACUACCAUAAAUGGAACUUGAGUGGAACAAAAGAAAACAAUUUCGGAGGUAGUAUAAAUGGAACUUGAGUGCAAAUAAAUUAUUCGUUAAAACGCGUGAAAAAUAACAAACGUAAAAACAAAAAGAGAGGAAGAGAGUAGAUAAAUAGACAAUUGUCGAUAUACCAUUCGUCCAUUCUCCAUGGUUCGUGGAGUCUUGUAUUACAGGGGUGGAACAUAGGCCCAUUCGGAGCCACCGCAACUCCAAGUUUUGAUAUUUUUUGAAAAAAUUAGUAUAAAAAUAUUAACAUUUUUUUAAAUAGGUACAUUUUUUCACUUGGCCCCCCUAUCCUCUUAAAGAUGUAAAAAUAAGGUUUUUGGUUCCGCUUCGGCCCUCGACGCCUCUAUUAUCUAUAAAAGAUUGUACAUGCAACACAUGUACUCCGUAUAUCGAUAAACGUAAAAGACGUGUGUCCAGUGACAGUGUCACGUGCAACCUUUACAUGUUGUGUGGACUCUACACGUUGGAGAUUGAGUUUUUAGUAUGUAACCAUUUUUUAUUUAUUACUUUAGUCAUUGGAGAGCAUGGAAUCAUUUGCAAUUUGGAAAUGAUGAUCCUAGAGGUUGUGGUCUUGUACGUGGAGUUGCCUUCUCAACUUUUCUUUCUUUUUUUUUAGCAAUGUAUAACUUGUUCUUCUUCCAACGGAAUUUUGAAUACAUGAGGAUAUUUUAGCAUUGUUAAUUCAAAAGGUUUCUUGAACAUUACUUAUAAAUGGUUAUUGUCAAGAAUAAUCAAAUUUUGGUAA